AUGUACCAACUUCCGGUGACCAAUUUGGACAGAGUCCGCAAGGCUCGCAAAGCGGUGAAGAACGUGUUGAGCGACAUCGGGCUGGAAGACUGCCAGAAUCUCCUUAAGGAACUUGACGGCAAAAAUGCGGAAAACGAGGCUGAGAAAGACGAUGAGGAGGGCGAUCCCUUAAUGGGCACCGAGUGGACGGACUUUAUUGAUGGAUACAAUGGACGCCUACGCAAGAAGUGGCCCUACCGCUCUCGCACCAUGUGCUGUGUCAUGUGCAAGUACUCUUCCAAGAACAUCUACCACUACCGCAGCCACGUGGCGCGUUGCCACGAGUACCUGCAGCGUCUGUGCUCGCUGACUUCCUGCCAACGUUGCUACUUCGUGGCGCACCCGCGCGCCGUCAAGAAGCACAUCCUGCUCUUCCACGGGGGGCGUUUGUUCGACCCGGGGGCCGCGCCCCCCGCCAACUUACCGCCGCUGGCUCCGGCGCCCCCGCUCUCGGUCGCCGCCGUCCUACACGGAAUGGAGCGCUACCGGUGCAAAAAGUGUUCCUUCCCGUCGCAGUCGGUCUUCACCAUCAAGAAGCACAUCAUCCUCAAGCACAUGGAGGGCGUGGCCGAACAUUACGUGGGCUUCCGGCACCCCAUAGCGGGCUCCAACGCCAAGUUGUACUACUGUAAAGUCUGCGACCUCAACGCGGGAAAUCUGGACCAGAUGCUGCACCACUUGCUGGUGGACCCCAAGCACUACACUAUCAGCACGCAGGUGCAGGCAAUGAUCUACGACAACAGGAACAAGCCCACUCCUGCCCCCAGGAGCGCACCCGUGACCAAUGGCAACGGACUCUUUGUCACCUUGCCCAACCUGGCGCCCAAGCAAAUGAACAGCAAGCCCUUCAUGGUGACCGGCAACGGGCAGCCAGGCGGCGGCACGGUGGUGGCGUUACAGCAACUUCAAAGCGCGACCAACAAGGCCGCCUUGAUCUGCGGCCCCGGGAGCAACCAGAGCUUUUUGCCCCCGCAGGCGUCGGCCUUGGUCCAGCUGGCCAGCGCCGAGGCCAAGGGUUUACUCCAGCCAGGCGCCACCAUAUCCCUACGCGGAUCCCCGGUGGCGCCGUACCCCAGCGUCAAGCCGCCCCCGCCGGCGGCGGCCUCGCCUCAAGCGCAGCAGAUCCUGAUUCCGCAGAUCAGAGCCGCCGCCCCCGCGCAGGUUCCGCCGCCCAACCAGAUGACGCUCCAAGGCACCAUGCUGACCUCGCAGUCCCUCCUGAGCCACCUCAUCCCCACUGGCAACCGCGUCAACGGCAUGCCCACGUACACCUUUGCGCCCCUCCAGAUGGUCCCCGCCACGCAGAGCUCCGGCAAAGCCCCCGAGCAGACGGCCGCCCAGGCCAAGAAGUGGAUCACUUGCCCCCUCUGCAAUGAACUUUUCCCUUCCAACGUCUUCGACGUGCACGUGGAGGUUGCCCACCAGACCAAGUGUACCCCCCACCGCGCCGAGUGCCUGGCGGGCAGGGCGGCCUUCCUCAAGAAGCUGCCCGACAAGACCAUCAAGUGCCUGACGUGCAAGGCGCUGCUGUCGGAGAAAAGCGUCCUGCAGCACCUGCUCCACGGCCUCAGCUGCCUCUACUGCUCCAUCUUGUUCUUCUCCGUCAAGCAGCUCGCCGAGCACGUCAAGAAGCACGACCCCGCUGGCAAGCUCUACUGCGAUUUCUUGCGUCAGAACUACAAGAUUUACACCAAGAGCGGCUCCGGGAUCAUCUUCCCCUACUUCGACGUCACCGCCGAGGCGCCCCAGGAGAUCUUGGGCGAAUGCGAGGUCAACUUGGCGCUGGUCACCAGCUCCCUGGAGCUCAUCUACGUCAACCUGCGGCCCAGCGCUCGGAGCGAAGUCUGUCCGCCGCCCGUCAAUAGCCAUGCCUCCUGCUGCACCUUCUGUGAUGAGAAGUUCCCGGAGGAGUCCAAGUACCUGCAGCACUUGAAGCAGAAACACCUGGUGGCGCCUACCAUCCACGCCAUCCUCAAGACAGACGCCUUCAAAUGCAUUUACUGCAACGGGGUCUACACGGGGAAAGUGACGCAGCAGGCCGUCAUGCUGCACAUGCAACGCUGCCGCUCUUCGCCCAAGCCCCCGCAGGCUCCCAAAAUGGUCGCCCCACCAGUUCCUCAGUUGGCCAAAGCUGCUGCAGCAACUCCGCAUUCAUCAGGGCUGGUGUUCCUCCAGAUGCCACGAGGGGUGACGUUGAAAACGUCGCAAGCCAAGUUGCUGCCGAAUCCCAAGUCGCCGCCGCAGAGCAAAGAGCAACUGGAGUCCACCAGGAGGCUGGAGGCUGCCCUGAAGCAGGUCAUCGAGUUCAACAAAAAGGAACGCGAGCAAAAAGCGGCCGUGCGCAAGGAGAGAAAAGAGCUCCCGGAAGCGCCCGAAAUCCAGGCCAACCCUGACGUCAAGCUAGCGCUAGAACCGACGGGGCAGGACCGCCGCAAGUACGAGGACCGACGCGACUUCAUCGCCCGCUACUUCAACGUGAAGCCCUACCUGGGCCGAGCCGAGACGCUGGAGCUCUGCCGCCGCCUGUCGCUCACCAAGUCGGAGGUGACGGCGCUCUUCAGCAAGAAGCGUACGCGCUGCAUGAAGAGCUUCAAGACCAGCAACGCCGCCGUGCUCUUGGGCUUCGACAUGGCGCGACUGGCGCAAGUGCAACACCCGAUGGAGGUGCCCGAGCAGAGGCCCGUCGAUACCAGGGAAGGGGAGGGGCAGGCCGACGACUCUGAGCAGGAGGACCAACCGGAAGAACUACCGGAGAUACCGGCGACGACGCCUGAACCGCAAGCGGCGGAUGACAAAACAACAGCUGAGGUGCAAAUGGAGCAAAAUAACUGA